AUGAACAUUUUUAUGAAUCAUCCUCGUGUUGAAAUGAGACAAAUCACAGGCGUGUUGCUCAGAAAAAAAAUCUGCGCAUUAUGGAUCAAACUCCCACCAAACGUCCACGACCAAAUAACAACAACUCUCAUUCAAAUAGUCAACACUUGUGACAUCAGAGCAAUUUUACUCACAACCGCCCAAAUUAUAAAGUCAAUAGCAAAGAUCACUGUUCCAAUUGAUAAAUGGCCAAAUCUGUUGCCAACAAUCUUACAAUGGACACAAAGUCCAAACGAUUUGCAAAAGGAAGUAGCCUUGAGGUUAGUAGCUGAUGUGGCUGGUUAUUAUUUGAAUAUGCCAAACAAUGGGUUGAUGUUUGGGUUAUUCCAAUUAGUUGGGAGCACUUUAUCAACAUCACAGAAUUUCAAAAUCAAAAAAGAAGCAAUAAAUAUUUUGUCUGUGUUGUCACAAUUUAUCGAAAAGCCAAGCGAUUUGGCGCCAUUUGAACAACUCACGCCUCUCAUCGCCAACACAAUGAAAGAUUGUAUUAAAUUGUCUGAUGAAGAUGACUUUUGUGAUUUAGUAGAAGUGUUGUCGUCGAUUGUCGAAGGAUUCAGUGAGGUCCAAGAGUUCGACACAAUGACACAAAAAACAAUGUCACCGAUAUUGGCACUUUGCUUAGAAACAGCUGGAAUUCAAUCACUUCCCGCAUACAUUAGACAAUCUGCGUUGUACUUCAUAAACACAUUUGUGGAAUAUCAACUUGAGUAUAGUGUGUCAAGUGGUAUUGUCCCUCCUUUGACACAAUUACUAAUCAAUAUACUUUCAGAAUACAAUCCACUUGAUCCAGAAGAUGAAGAAGCGCCACAUAGAAUAUAUGCUGGAGAAGUGUUGAGCACAAUGGCAGAAAUAUUACCAUCUUCGGAUUUCUUCCCACUCUUUUGGGAUAUCGUCUCGAAAAACUUGGAAUCGACUGCCCCUGGGAUAAGGUGUGCGGUGUCGCUUGCACUAGGGACGAUGUCAUUCACGUGUCCAGUAUCUAUUAAUGAAGUUGGUAACAUCAUAUCUCCAUACAUCCUCACUUCUCUUCAAAAUGAGAACAUAUCUGUAAAGGGAUCUGCACUUACUUGUAUUGGUAAUUUUGCGGAUAACAGCGUCGCGUUCAUAUAUACAAACUGUGACAUGUUCUUUUCGACGUUACUUGCUUUGACUAAGGAUAGUAAUGUCGACCUUCAAUCGGCUGCAUUUUUCGAUAUCCACAUUAUGGUCGAAAAAUUAUCACUUGAAGAGAUGAAGAACUCUGUUGGUCCAUUGCUGAACCGAUGUAUUGAAGUUGUGUUGUCGACACCUGACUAUGAUGUCAGAGAUGCUGCAUUAGCAACACUAUCGGCUUUGGUGUUCUUGGCUGGCGAAUUGAUAAUUCCACACGCACAGCCAAUCAUCCAAAUUGCAAAUCAAUUGAUUGUUGCGGAAGUCCACAAGGAUAUCGAAAUCAUUCAAAAGGGACGUGGUAUUGAGUUGUUUGGAUGCAUUGCAAAAGCUAUUGGAAAAGAUGCGUUCAGGCCAUAUCUCGAGGCUGUUGUGAAUAUUAUCCGACAGAUGUUAGUAAUGAAACACACAUUUGAGUAUGAAAUUAGAAAGUUUUCAUACAGCGCGCUUUCUGACUUGUUUUCAGUCUAUGGAAGUGAGUUGGCGCCGUUGAUCCCAAUGAUUAUCGAGAGACUUAUUAACACUUUCCAAAUGGAAGACGAUGACGAUGAGAAGAAAGAGCAACUUGGAAACAUUUCUUCUGAUGAUGAGGAUGACGAGGAGGAAGAACAUAUAUCAUAUAGUUCUGGAUUAGUCGAUGAAAAAGGGCGCGGUGCUAUUUUGAUUGGAAAGAUGUUUGAGUCCGUUCCACGAGAGAUGGAAACAUAUGGGAUUGCUCUUUUGGGAUUUCUCAAUAAGAUGUGUGCUGACGACAGAAUAGACGUUGCGGAUUGUGCGUGUGAAACUUUGUGGAAAAUAUUAUACAUUCCAUUGGUGAAAGAAGGGUUGUACAAUCCGUUGGGACAAAACCCGACGGGCGCAAAUGCAAUGAGACUUGUCAAUGAAGGGACUCUCACAAAAGUCCAACUCACAUUGGAAAGUUUACCACAAAGUGUCAUGGCUACUUUAAAAGAGGUGACUGAAACGUAUUUCUUGGUUUCAGACAACACGAAAUAUCGAGAUAUUUUGAUCACGAUUUUGAAUCAGUUCAUUGAAAUAUUCACAUUACUUGGAACGGCUGGUGCACAUUUUUGCAUUGUGUCACUGUCAAAUUUGACUCUCAAAAUAUUGAAUCAACAAACAAAAGCUCAAAAGCAAAAUUUAGGGUUUGACCCAAGUGAAAUUCAUGAGGCGGAAAGUGACUUAUUGUCGACAGUUGGUGAUGUGUUAAUGAUGUUGUUCAAGAUGUUUGGAAAGAAUGUGUCAGAUUACUUUGUCCAACUUUUUGCCAUCCUUUCAAAAAUCUCACAAAAAAGAAACAACAGUGCUAUGAAAUCCACCGCAAUUGGUGUCAUUGCAGAUUUCUUUGUGUACUCCAACUUCUGCCCAGAGCAAAUUAUCGAUCCUGCUCUUGCUUUGUUUUUACACAAUUUAACAAGCAAUAACGAAGACGUCACUAUUAAUGCGGCAUGCGGAUUUGGAUCACUCGUUAGAAUAAUACCACAAAGUCAUUCCCAAAGUGCUUUGAACGCUUCACAACAAGCUCUUCAGAUCAUUGCGACGAGAAUUAUCACUGCAAAAAGACCGGGAGUAAUCGACAAUUUUGUGUCGUGUGUGUGUAAAAUCCUGUGUGUGCCAGGAUGCCCUUUCCAACCACAAGCAAUCCUCCCACAACUCAUCAGAUUUUUACCAAUCACAUCCGACCACGAAGAGGAGGAAAACGUAUACUCCACAUUUGCUAAGUUUUACAUCAACAUCCCCGAACUUAACGCACAAAAGUCUCUUCUCAUCGACGCAUUCAGAAAAGCACUCAAUGUGGAAGGAGUCAGAGACUCCACAAAGCAACUGCUUCAGAAGUAUCUUAUGUAA